CAGCUAUGAGGAAACAUUAGAGGAACUGAAUUUAUUCUCUCUUUAGAAGAGGAAAAAGCCAUGUCAUGCCAUACGUGUACUCAGGGGCGGACUGACAGCUCAUGGGGCCCCCGGGCAAUAGGGGAUCAUGGGGCCCCUGUGUCCUUGCCCAAACUCCAAAAAGCCUAUGAAAAAGGUAACAGGGGCAUCUCAUGGGGCCCCCUACUGACCCCAGGCCCUUGGGCAGUGCCCGAGUUUCCAAAUGGUCAGUCCGCCCCUGACUGUAUGGAU